AUGACAUCAAUACCAAAAGCUUCAAAAUAUCGAAAUGCAUAUGCAGCAGCGUCUGGAAAGUCGCUAUAUACUAAUGUGCGUAUCGACCCUGUUGCAACAAACAAAAUAAAGGCAAGUCACCAUCAUCUUGCUAUUCCAGAUGCAAACGCGACGAGUAUCGGCAUCUUGCCUCUUCCAGCAACAUACGUAGAUGAUCCCAUCAAAGUAGAUAUGCAUGCACCUCAUCUUCUUGCACAUGGAAAACAAAUUCAAGAUUAUGCUUUCUCACCCCUGCCAGAUGUAUCCAUUCUUGCAACAACCACUCGAUCAGAUAGCUUAAUUAGACUUUGGACUCUUCCUAAUACUAUUCCUAGAAUGUGUGCCGCAAAUCAGAAACCAUAUGAAAAUGAUAUGCCAGAUGUGUUCCUUGCUGGCCAUGAAAAACGUGUUGAUUGGGUUCGAUUCCAUCCUACCUGUCCUGGAAUCGUCAUCUCAAGCUCAUCUGAUGCAACAGUCAAAAUAUGGUCAGUCGAAAUGCUAACGGAUCGAAUUACACUUACUAAUCCACAAGAAUUGGCAGCGCAAAGCAUGGCAUUUGAUUAUGAAUGUAAUUCUUUUAUUUCUAGUACGUCUGACUCGAUGGUCCAUCACUAUGAUCCACGCUCGUCAUCUGCACCAACAUACUCAUUUCCAACUGGACUGUCACCUGCGCGUGGCUGUAGGCUAUCUUGGCUUCACCCAGAUCCGCUUGUCAUUGCAACUGGGUUUAGUCUAGCAUCUAAAAAUGAGCGAUGUAUUCAUGUUUGGGAUACAAGAAUGAUGUCAACUGCGACAUUAGACUCCAAACAAUCAACUCCUUUACAGGUCAUUCAAACAGACGGGCUUGGCGUGGGAAUCUUUGAUCCUGUUUGGGAUCCUGCAUUACCUUUGCUGUAUCUGACAACUCGAGGAGAAGGUAUUAGAAUAUAUGAGCUUGAAGGCGGUAUGCUUUUGCCGACAACAACAAUCAAAAUAGACAAGCAUGCAGCAGCAAUUGAGCCCAUGUUUAAAGACAUUUGUGAUACUCGGAAAUGUGAAAUUGCAAGAUUUUUACGAUUAGGCACCGAUUCUGCCAUUGAAAUGACUUCAAUUAUAGUUCCUCGUGUCAACUCUGACUCGGUUUUCCAGGAAGAUUUGUUUCCAAGUUACGCAACAAUCAAUCCCAACGCCUUGGAAAGUCAGUGGUUUGAUGAUUGUAUUUCUGUUGAGCCCAUCCUUCUUGACAUGCCAAUAGCACUCGAGUCAAAUCAGGAAGUCGUGUCAGCUAGUCAUGAAACCCAAUCAGAAACAUCUCGUUCUGAUAUUUCUAAAACAAUUUCGCAUACCAGUUAUUCUGACACUGCAGUGUUACUGGAUAAACCAUUCAGUCAUUGUAAACAAAAAUCGGAAAUUCAUACGCACCAUCGCGGAAUCUCCAAGUCGUCAAUGGGAUCCCUUCGACGUCCCAGCUCAUUAAAAGCACCUGUUUCUGCCCAAAUUCUUAAAGGACACCAACGGGAUAGUUUGGGAGUUUUUGGACGCGACUCUUGUACUGAUAGACAUGCACACAGUCGAGGUUCAUCCCAUGAUAUGACAGACAGCAGUUUACCGCCACUACCACUUCUUGAAGGCGUGCUAUCACUUGAAAAUAAGGGAUGGAUGAGCACUGCUUGGAAACCUGUGUAUUUUUCAGUCAAAUCGCAUCGUCUGUAUAUUGGAUUGGAUGCUGCUGUUGAUUCACCAAUGCAUGGAUUCAAAUUUGAUGAAAUUCAGUCUGUUUCAGCAUUUAGUUUGACUAUACAGGAUUCAAACAGUGAUGUGGGAUUACAGGUUUCUUUAAAAAAUACCACCCUGUUUCGAUUCAAGGCUUUAGAUAAAAACGAACGAGACAAGUGGCUGAAUGUUCUUCAACAGCACCUUGACAAUGCUACUAUAUCUACAAAUGCAUCAACGAUUGCUGCAGCGACAAAACCACAAAUCCCAACCAUUUCAGUUUCAAAAACAGAAGAGAAUUCACCCAAGCCCACAAAACCACGAUACCCUCGAGCGGAUGAGCAAGAUACAACGGGCAUUGCUGAACAACCACGAUCUCAACCCACUCGGCACAUACAAGCAUCACAUGCACUUUUAAUGGGAAGUUUAAUGUAUUAUACUUUAUCAUCCACCUCUCGUAAUGCAGUAUCUAUGUGGACGCCUCGUUUGGCUGUUCUUGAUCUUGAUGGUACUAUCCAUCUUUUCAAUGACGACGUUAAAGCUUAUUCUCGAGGAAUUAAGCCGAUUGACAUUAUCAACCUAUCAACAACGUUGUCAGUUAGAGUGGCAAAGAGAGAUAUGGAUGCUGCUGCGGUUAAUGGAACGGGCGUUAUAAGUACGUCUGCUCAACCUACCAUGUUUCAUUUGAAUACACCAAACCACGCCUACCAUUUUCAAACUAAAUGUGCUCGUGAUGCAUACGAUUGGGUGCUACAUAUUGGGCAUGUUGUUAAAGGAAUGGGAUACAUUCCAUCAAGCAAAAUCAUAUCCAAUACAAUUAUGGAAGGGUAUAUUACCAUAGAGAAUAUCACACCUGACAGUUCUUUGGCCAAAGAUUCAAAAGAUCAAGUCAAUGGGGCGUUGAAAUCAAGUGAAAUCAAACAACUAGAAAAUGGAACAUAUUGGGUUUCACUUAUUCAUGGAUCAUUUUACUAUUUUGAAAACGAGUUAUCCAAUGCACCCGUUACUACAUAUUCGCCUUGCACUAUUUACGGAUAUAAACUUAUUGGCACUGUAAACUCGGGCACAAUCCCAGAAAAUUCCCAAGAACCAGUCGGGUUUAUUCUUGAUCUGGGUAAAGAGGUAGGCCAACUAAAGCAUGUUAUACCUGAAAAGCAAAAUCAACAGUCAUGGACAGUAUUUCUUGAGCAAAGCUACCGCGAAAAUUACGACUUGCUGGGUAGAUUUGGCAUCCACACAACAGAGCAGCUCGUAUCUCAGCUAGACACAUAUCAAUCCACACACGGCUUAACUGGGUUUAGACCUCGUCUCAGUACAAAUGCACCAGUUAGCAAGUCAUUGAAUUCCAUAUCUGUAGAUCAGCAUCCAAUAUCUGAUUUGACUUAUACAGUCAUUGAUCAAUCUUUAAUUGGCAAGGCAAAGCAAAAAACACUGAUUGAGCUAUCUGGGAAAAUUCGUUUGACUGUCGUUACAGUAGAACCAACUUGGAAAUCACUUUCUGCUGACAAUGCAUAUGUAUUGGAUGUAGGAGAUGACGUAUACCAUUGGGGUGGUGAUAAAUCCUCACGAGUGUGCCGUGCACAGGCACUCGAUGUAGCUUCACGAAUUCGUAAAUCAAGAGGAAAUCGACCCCGAUUGGUACUGAUUGAAAAAGAGGAGCGUGCAACAUGGAAAGCAUUUUUAGCACAUUUGCAUAGCAAUGGAGAAGAAAGUGUAUUCAACACUCAAAGUCAAGUACAAAAGCGUGGAUCUAUGGGUGAUUUGAAUACAGCCAGUACUGUUGGUGAUGUAGAGACUCCGCCUUUACAUAUUCGAGUGUAUUGCAUUGAUCCUUUUGCAGCAUUAGUUUCACGUCAGGUUUUAUUGAUGUUUGAUGAGCAAAAAUAUCCAAGCAAAUCUAUUUUAGCAACCAUUUCUCUCAAUAAUGGAUGCGCAGUUGUUCAUGCCGAAAAUGAGGUGUUUGUAUGGUCAGGAAAACAUUCUACAAAUGAGUCUCGAUCGCUGGCAGCGUUUAUUGCCCAUCAGGUAGCAGUCGCUCAAUCAUCAGAUGGAAUUCACUUUGUGUCGAUGCAUUUGGAAGCUGAAGAUUUAGAAACGGUGAUUUUCAAGGAAAAAUUCAGCGAUUUUGAAGGAUCUAUUCCAAUUAGUAUGCGGAUUGAUCCUGUUGCAAAUCCAAACAUUGCUCAUGCAAUCACACAACAACUAGCUGACAUCAGUAUGCUUUUGGGACCUGUUCCAGAAGAAAAGAAAAAUGUAGCAGAGGUGCUUGAUGUUGAAGGUGGUGGUGGACAUGGAUCAUGGAGCAUGUAUCGUAUCAAGCAAUUCACUCGAGAGCAAGUUACUGAACCAAGCUUAUCGGGUCUAUUUUACCGUAAUGAAAGCUAUGUGAUUGUCUAUACAUACAGACCCAAAAACAGCGGAGUGGAUAAAUGCGUUUGUUAUUUUUGGCAAGGAUCGGCAAGCAGUAUUACUGAAAAGGGAACAAGCGCGCUUAUGACGAUCGAGUUGAGUUUGCAAGCCGGUCUUGAAGUUACGCAGGCUCGCAUUAUUGAAGGAAAGGAACCCUUGCAUCUGUUUAAAAUAUUCAAAGGCAUAUGGAUCAUGAUAGGAACACACGUUAACCCACCACUUUCCAGUGAUUCCAAUAUUAUGGUGUUUGAUAUCCGAGAUGUAUUUGACACUGUAUCGAAAGCCAUUCAAAUUGAACCCAACGAAAUAGUGUUUAAUUCUAACCAUGUUAUAGUUGUUCUUGCUGGUUCUGUUUCGUAUAUAUGGACUGGGAAGCAUUCGAGUGAAUCAGAACGAUCAAAAGCAAGAGAGACCGUUACUCGAUUUGGAUCUGCCAGUACCACGGUUGUAACAAUAGACGAAAAACUUGGUGCCAACUCGCCAGAGUUUACAGCAUUGCUGAAUCAUCAUGGUGUGACUCUGCCAAGUCAACUUGUUUGGAACGCUCGAACAAUACCAAGAUUAUUUUCAUGUUCAUGUGCGAGCGGAACCAUUCAAGUUUCUCAUGUUACAAACUUUAUCCAAACUGAGCUUGAUUCAAAUUCCGCCAUGAUUUUGGAUGCCGUGACACAUAUAUUUGUGUGGUUUGGACAUGCUGCAAAGCCAGGAGAAAAGGUGUUUGCGUUGGAGACGGCCACACAAUAUAUCGAGGCAUCCACCACACACGAUCGAAAGCGUGUAUUGCUUGCAGUUACAUUUGAAGGUCAAGAACCCUUAGAAUUUAUUCGACAAUUUCACGGAUGGUCCAAAUCAAAAAUAGCGCAGGGAAGAUCUGGGCUUAAACCAAAAUCAAGACCAUUGGCUGAUGUGCUCAAAGAAUAUAAAAAAGAAACUUACUCUGUACAAAUUCUUCUUUCGAAAAAUGUCCCAGAGCACCUGGAUCGUACAAAGUUGGAAAUGUAUUUGAGUGACGAUGAAUUUGAAACUUUAUUCCGUAUGAAGCGCGACGAAUACAAUGCACUGGUUACUUGGAAACGUGAAGGAAUUAAAAAACAAAUUGGGUUCUACUAAAUGAAUGUAUAUUUGACAAG